AUGUCCAUCCUCCGCUCGGCCCCCCUCGCCCGCCUCCCCCGCUCCCUCCCCCUCGCCCUCAGAGCCUACUCCACCCCGCCCCAGCCACCAAAGCCCCUCCAGCAACAACAGCCAGACGCUGCCUCGCCAUCCUACCUCCAACAGUCCCCAAACGUCCCCACCACCUGGUCCAAGGGCCAGAACCCCAAGCCCCAUGCGGUGGACAAUGCGCGGUUCGAGCAAAACUCGUGGAAACACCAGCCCAACCAGCCCAGUGCUAUGGGCAUGGUCGCCGAGGACCCUGUGAGGCUGGUCAAUGGAAGGAAGGCUGUCUGUGACGGUGGUGGUGGUGCUCUUGGUCAUCCCAAAAUCUACAUCAACCUUGUAAGUUUCUGUCAUCGUGUACGGAUGUUUGAGUUGACAAUGUCUUUCGCAGGAUAA